CACUGGCAGAUGCGUGCGCAGCCUCGGAGGAGACCAGUUGCGAUCAAUGAAAAACAAGAAGAAAACCAUCAGAAAACGGAGGAAAACAAACCAGUUUCAGGGCUCACGAUGUCUUGCUGUGCUGUCGGAUGUAAGAACAGGAAUGGAAGGAAAACUGGUCUUCAUUUUUAUCGGUUACCUUCGUCCAGGACUCCGUUUGAAGCUCGGCGGAGACGGCUGUGGUUGCUAGCCGUGAAACGGACCGACUGGACCCCCGAAGUGAUCAGAAACUCUCGGAUCUGCAGCGCUCACUUCAUCUCAGGGGAGGCGUCUAUGGAUCCAGACAGCCCGGACUUUGUUCCUUCACUCUUCACUUCUUCCAUUGAGAGUGAGUGCGUGGAAGGUCCCAAAAAAAAGAACAGGAGGAGAAAGAGGGCCGAAUCUUCCAUCAGAUCCUCCUCCAGCUCUCUCCCUGCAGCACCAGGAUCCACUGAGGAGCCAACAAACCAGACUUCAGAGCGCCAACAGGAGCUCUGGACAGAUGGAGAAGACGCCAUGGUCCCUCGAGCCGUCUACAACAAACUGAAGGUCCAGUACGAGCGUCUGCAGGCCGAGUGUGUCAACUUGUUCUCUGAAUGCGACGCGCUGAGAGAAGAGAACGAGCAGCUGAAGGAGGAGCUCUGCAGCACCAGGUGCUUGGAGAACUGCAGGAAGAUGGACGUCAGACCUCAAGUUUUAAAGGAGGAGAAGGACUCAGACUGUCUGAUUCAUCAAGCUUUACCUUCAGAUGUCCAGAAAGUGAUUGUUGGUGAAGAAAAGCAGCAGGAGAGGAGCUGCAGUCUGGACCAGGACCAGGACCUUGACCAGGACCAGGACCUUGACCAGGACCAGGACCAGGACCAGGAUCAGGAGGAGCUAGAGCCCCCACCCAUUAAAGAGGAACAGGACGAACUCUGGACCGGUCAGGAGGGAGAGCAGCUUCUUCCUGUCCCUGUGAAGAAUGAAGAAGAUGAAGAGAAACCUCAGUCCUCACAGCUUCAUCAAGCACAGACUGAGCAGAUGGAAACAGAAGCUGAUGGAGAGGACUGUGGAGGACCAGAACCAGGAAGGAACUCUCAUCCAGAUGACCAGACUGGAGACUCUGCUGAACCUGAGACUGAUGACAGUGCUGAUUGGAAGGGGACCAGAGAACCUCAGUCAGAUUUAAACUCUCUCAACAAUAACGAAGUCCCUGAUGGGGAUUCAAGUUGUAGUGCAGGUGGUAAACAGUUCAGCUGCUCUGAGUGUGGGAGAAGGUUUGGCCGAAAGACACAUCUGAAGAGACACAUGGUGACGCAUACAGGAGAGAAACCUUUCAGCUGCUCCAUUUGUAAGAAAUCGUUUACUUACAGUGGGUAUUUAGAGAUACACAAGAGAAUCCACACAGGAGAGAAACCCUUCAUCUGCUCAGUGUGCGGCAAAUGUUUCAUUGGAAGUGGAAAUCUCAACAAACACAUGAGAAUCCACACAAAGGAGAAACCAUUCAACUGUGCAGAUUGUGGGAAAAUAUUUAUCACCAGUGGAUAUCUGAAAAAACACCUGAGAAUACAUACAGGAGAGAAACCACUCAGCUGCUCCGAGUGUGGGAAAGGUUUCAUCGAGAAUAGAGAUCUGAAGAGACACCUGAGAACGCACACAGGAGAGAAACCCUUCAGCUGCUCAGUGUGUGGGAAAAGUUUUACUGACAGUGGACAAAUGAAGAUUCACAUGAGAACUCAUACAGGAGAGAGACCGUAUAGCUGCUCUGUUUGUGAUAAAAGUUUUACUAUAUCUGGAAAUCUGACGAAACACUUGAUCAAUCACACAUGAGAAAAACAUGUUUUUGCCACAACAAGCCAGGCACUCAGACGCAGAUCGAUAAUUACAACCAGAUUUAUAACAAUCUGACAAUUGACUGUUGGCUGAUGUGAUUUACUGGAUUAACUUUUUUUAUUGCUGCAUGGUUUAAAUCACUUUGUUAUUUAUUAUUAUUUUUAGUGUUUCACCAUUAUUGUUGUUAGUAGAUGUAAUUCUUCUGGUUUUAAACUAGACAGCACAUUUUCAUCUUGUGGUUUGUAGAGUUUCAGUCUUAAGUUUUGUCCCAAAGUGCUGCAUUAAGUGCACACUAUAAUAUGCAAUGCGACUGUCAAAUAAAUGCACCAUCCAAAGAGACGGCAUGUAAAAUAUUUUUGCUAACCCAAAAUAUGAAAUGUUAAUGUGGAAUACUGUAAUGCAACUUAAUUAUUGAAGUUUUCUGUUUUUACGUGGUUUGUUAGAGUGGCCUGUACACUACUCUGAUGUUUUUACACUUUUUUUAAAUGUAAAUAUUUUUUCCUGUACUAUUUCAAAAAUAUUUAAUUAUAGAUAGU